AUACUAUAAUGAGAUCAUCGAUGCCCCGUUGCUCUCAUGUUGGCAGUAUGACAUUGCAAUGGCUAUUAUUUUUUCGUUGCGCAAAACUUUGUACGCUAUUGUAACAUCUAGCGUUAGGACUCAGGUUGAGAGAGGUGAGCUUUAUGGAUGUCUCUUUCUCUCGCGCUCUCCGGUGAGGAUUGUAGACUAAGACAAGAGGAAGGAAAGGAAGGUUACGAAGGCGCGUGGUCUCCCCCACCUAACGACCAGCCUCGAUCCCCAGCUGCUCUCCUCUCCCAUCCUCCCGUCUCACUCCUCACCCCUUUCUUCGAAUUUAUAUCUAUCUCCUACCACCUAGGAGAAAGUGGGGGGAUAGAGAGGGAAGGAGGGAGGGAGAGGAAGGGGGGGAGAGAGAGAGAAAGAGAGCCGAUCCGCGAAUCUUGGAAGACUCUCAUCAUCAUCAGGUUUUUGUCUGGAUUUAAUCACUGAAGGAAAGGGAAUUUGGAUUUUGUGGAUGCAUUUUCUUGUUUUAUUUCGGUCCUGGGACUGGCGUUUAGUUGCUAGAAGAACCCCUCUGUGCCUGCGAGGAUAAGAUGCCAUCUUCCUAUUUGUCAAGGAAAAAAGGGCUGCAAGCUUCAUCAGAAUUCCUACUAGGCUGGGGCCAGAACUUCUUUCUGGGCAGUACCUGGUCUUUUUCAUGGAAGCCCUUCUCUGAUCUUGGCCAGAGUGUUCAUCGGACUUCUCGGUCUUCUGUUAGUGUCUGUAGAGAUUUCCAUACAAGUGAUUGUUGCAAGGGACCAUCCGUCAUUGGAACGCUCUCUCGCACCUUUUCUGUGCCUUCUGUGACCGGACCUUCUUGCCAGCCUUUUUCGUAUAACAUUGACAGUCUGCUUUCUGAUCCCCAGCAGAGGCUUCUCUGCACAUUGUUCCGGAGAAAUAUAAUGUCUGCUUGCAACUAUUUAUUGGGUAGAGCUGAACCAGGUGCUCAGCAUCUGGAGAAUGGGAACAGCGGUGGACAAAUGUUGAAUUCAGUGAUGCGGGCUGAUAUCAGUUAUAACUAUAAAGGUCUUGAUUAUUGCAAAAGAAUAAGUGGUAGCUUGAAAAAUAGAGAACCUUGGGGUACUAAUAUGGUCUACAAGUGUUUAUGGUCUAAUGCAACUGGGACAAGUUGGAAGUCUAAUUUUUCCUUAGAACCAGGGAUGCAAGAUUUACAUUCACAGUGUGCAGUUCCAUAUUCUGCUGGGGCAGCUCCUCACAUGUCUUUGGAUGGAACUUCACAGGAAGAGCAGCUUGAGAAUUUGGUGGUAUCGUCUGACCUAAAAGUACUGGGUGAUAGGUCUUUGAAGCUGCUUUCUGGAUCUUGUUGCCUGCCGCACCCAGAUAAGGUCGAAACUGGUGGGGAGGAUGCCUAUUUCAUAUGUGUUGAUGAGCAAGCCAUUGGUGUGGCAGAUGGUGUUGGUGGCUGGGCAGACCUUGGAGUUGAUGCAGGACAAUAUGCUCGGGAGCUUAUGUCUAAUUCAGCAAAUGCAAUCCGAGAAGAGCCAAAGGGGUCCAUUGAUCCAGCAAGGGUUCUAGAGAAGGCUUAUUCCAGCACAAAAGCAAAGGGAUCAUCAACAGCAUGCAUCAUUGCUCUCACAGAUCAGGGUCUUCAUGCUGUAAACCUUGGGGACAGUGGCUUUGUAGUUGUUAGGGAUGGAUGCACCAUCUUCAGGUCACCUGUACAACAACAUGACUUCAAUUUCACUUACCAACUUGAGAGUGGCAGUGGCAGUGACCUCCCAAGUGUUGCCCAGGUAUUUACCUUCCCUGUCUCACCUGGUGAUGUCAUCAUCGCGGGAACAGAUGGAUUGUUUGAUAAUUUGUAUAAUACUGAAGUUACAGCAGUAGUUGUCCAAGCUGUCAGAACCGGGCUCGGGCCUCAAGUGACAGCUCAGAAGAUAGCUGCACUUGCCCGCCAACGAGCGCAGGAUAAGAACCGGCAAACACCUUUCUCCAUUGCUGCCCAGGAUGCUGGGUAUCGGUAUUAUGGCGGCAAACUUGAUGACAUUACAGUUGUGGUAUCCUACAUCACUGUUUCCAGUUCUUGAUACAAAUCCAUCUUCCUUUGUACAGUUUUGGGGUCAGAAACCAAUUUAGAUGUAUUGCAUCGGUUCAUCUGCUGCUGUCUUUGGAGCUUCUUUUUCCAGAGAAUUUCUAUCGGCAUCUAUUAUGCGAGGUAGCUCUAUAGGUGGCAUAGUCACAAACCCAAAUGUCAGAACCUGGGCAUCUUCGGGCAUACUUUUCUUAUUUUAGGCCUAUUCCUAACAGUGGAUAGAGAACUUCUGUCCUCUUCUUUCAUUUAUGUUUUUCGCCAGAAAGUCAUAUAGCUCUGUUUUUUUUUAAAAAAAUGAUUUAGUGCAUGAGCAAAUUACUACCUAUGAAUAGGGUAAGACUUGGAAAGAGGAAGGGGUAAAGGGAUGUGAAUAUGACGCUUAGUGGAAUGAGAAAGACUUGGGGGCUGCUUUGACGCCAGCAAUUUGGAGUAAUUGAAUCCCAGCUGCAAGAGAUGGUUCUCUUCCAAUACUUGAAUACCUGUAUUUUAUGUGGGAUCCAUGUAUUUGAAGUUAUAUUUGAAUCUUAGUUGCUAUAUCUUCUUCUAUGGCCGAAUCGACCUUAGGAAAGCUGUAGCAAGUGAUGCUUAUGAUUUCCA